GUUCAUUAAUGAUUAAUGGGGGUGUUCUUAGACCUCUUCUUGGUUUUUUGUUCUUAUUACAUUAAAGGAGUGUUGGAGGCGCAAGCACGACUAAAGCGACACCGUUUCGAGCAAGGCGUGAAGGAAGGUAUGUCACUGGUAGACUACGACGAUUCUUCAUCCGACGACGAUGUCUUACCCGCGGCGGUGCACAAGGCAGCUCUGCCACAACCACCGCAACAAAAACCCUCUCCCUCGAAAUCACGGAGGUCUUUGAAUAAGAAGGAAGAAAGUGAGGGACUUCCUCAGCUACCAGAUGCGUUGCUUCUUCUGGAGUCACCAACGGUUACUCAUGUGAGUGGCGGUGGUGACCAUGCUUCCGUUGUUGCAGCUGCUAUGCGGAAACGAGACUUAAAUGGGAACUCUUCUUCUCUUCCUCGUCGUCCCAAGGUACCAAGAGGAGCUUUGCCUCACUCCAAGAAUAUUGUAGAAACUUCGGGUAACCUGCUUGUGCCUCCUCAGCUCAAAGGAAGGAGCAAUGUUGCUACAGAAGAUAUGAGCAGGCUUUUUGUGAAGAAACGGCAAGAGUCCUCCAAGGCAACAUCUCCUAAUCAGGAUUAGUUUUUUUUUUCAAUUUUGAUUUUUGAAUGCUACCUAUAGUGUGGUAUCCUAGUUGGUGGGAAAUAAAAACAGAGCAUGGAACUUUACUUUCUUUCGUUUAUUUAUAACAUGACUACUAUUGUCUUUCUUAUACUUGGUUUGAUGACAUGUAGUUCUAAAAUUUACAUUUAUCAUGGCUUGAUAUAGGACAAUAAUUUUUUUUUGUAAA